UUAUAUAAAUACAUUCAACCAAAAUAAGCUUACUUGGAUUCCACAAACACUCAAAACAAUUUAUCCAUUAAAGCACAAGCAUUUCUCCUUCUGCUUCGACACACCUGUCAUCUACAUCAAAAAAACGUACAGACAGUAAUCCCUCCUCUUUCUCACUCUCUAAUUGCUGGCAGCAUAUCGGAUUCGUAAUUUUUUUUUACUAGGUAUUAACACUAUUGGGCCAAUAUUAUGGGGCCCCAAAAAUUGGAGGCCAGGGCAAUUGCCCCACCAAAUACACAGCAGGGCCGGCCCUCGCGUCGCGUGCGCCUGAGAAUUCUAUCCCCCCAGUUCCCUCCCAUUCCCCCAUCCCUAAUUCUAUCUCCGAAUUCCCAUUUCCGAUGGCCGACCAGCCGCUCAAACCCCCAAAACGACCCCGACCGACCUCCGAAAGGAAAUGGUCUCUCUCCGAUUUCGACGUCGGCAAACCCCUCGGCAAAGGUAAAUUCGGCAGGGUGUAUGUCGCUCGCGAAAUCAAGAGCAAGUACAUCGUGGCGUUAAAAGUGAUAUUCAAGGAGCAAAUUCAGAAGUAUAACUUGCAGCACCAGUUACGGAGGGAGAUGGAGAUCCAAACCGCCCUGCGCCACCCCAAUGUGCUGAGGCUUCACGGAUGGUUUCACGACGACGAGCGGAUUUUCUUGAUUUUGGGGUACGCUCACGGCGGCGAGCUCUACAGAGAGCUUCGAAAAUUGGGGCACCUCUCCGAGACACAGGCUGCUACGUACAUAGUUAGUCUCACAAACGCUCUGGCGUACUGUCAUGAAAAGCAUGUUAUUCACAGAGACAUCAAGCCAGAAAAUUUGUUGCUUGAUCAUGAGGGUCGGCUGAAAAUAGCAGAUUUUGGUUGGUCUGUACAGUCCAGAAGCAAAAGACACACUAUGUGUGGAACCUUGGACUACUUAGCACCAGAAAUGGUGGAGAACAAAGCGCAUGAUUAUUCUGUUGAUAACUGGACAUUGGGCGUUCUCUGCUACGAGUUCUUAUAUGGUGUCCCUCCAUUUGAGGCUGAAAGCCAGAGGGAUACAUUCAAAAGGAUAUUGAAGGUUGAUUUAACCUUUCCUUCCACCCCUGAGGUUUCAGAAGAAGCUAAAGAUCUCAUUAGCAAGCUUCUUGUGAAGGAGUCAUCAAAAAGGCUGUCUCUUGAGAAGAUCAUGGAACAUCCUUGGAUCACGAAGAAUGCCAAUCCUUUGGGGAUCUGCCCAAAUUAGCAUUAUGCAAUAAUCUUUUUGCUAUUUUGACUCAACUGACAUAAUUCCAAGUUCAAUGAGAAGAUAUAAAAUCACCAACCUGUCAUCUUCGUACUCAUUGAAUUGAAGAGAUAGGAUAUGACACUCUUUAAUGUUUGGCUUGUAUUAUCUAUUUUGAAUGUGACAUUGUAAAGUCUGGAUUCAGUUUCACUUUUUGCUAUGUACAUAAAGCGCUAGUCUUUGCCUUCAA